UUGUCACAACAGCUGAUGGUCCUAGAGCUCUGACACUGGACGAUUACUUGAAUGGAAAUUUUCAGUAUAAAACAUAUUUUCCAUACUGGGUGUCAGAUAGCGAAUAUCUUCACCAGAAUCCAGAAGAUGAUAUUAUUCUUUUCAAUGUUGACAUGAACUACUUAACUACCAUUAUGACCAACAGCACAAUGAAACAAGUUAAUGCUUCAAAUUAUGUGAUGUCAUCAGACAAAUACUUCAUAGCUCUGGAGAGCAAUUAUUCAAAGCUGUGGAGAUAUUCUUAUACUGCAUCAUACCAUAUUUAUGAUCUCAUAUAUGGUGGUUUUGUAACAGAAAAUCAGCUUCCACAUAAAAUUCAGUAUAUAUCCUGGUCACCCGUUGGACACAAACUGGCAUAUGUUUACCAAAAUAAUAUCUAUUUGAAACAAAGUCCAAGAGAGGCACCAAUUCAGCUAACUAGUGAUGGAAAAGAAAAUGAAAUAUUUAAUGGGAUACCUGAUUGGGUCUAUGAAGAGGAAAUGCUAGCAACAAAAUAUGCAUUGUGGUGGUCUCCAAGUGGAAAAUACUUAGCAUAUGUACAAUUUAAUGAUUCUGACAUACCAGUAAUUGAAUAUUCAUAUUUUGGUGAGGAACAGUACCCAAGAAAAAUAAUUAUCCCAUAUCCCAAGGUAUGUUUAUCAUUCUUUGUCUUACUUUCUGUUGAGAAAUAUGAUAACUAUAAAAUCAGUUGUGCUUAAAAAAUGUUUGUAUUA